UAUUUCGCCCUAUUUAUCGCACUCCCCUUUUUCAUGAGGGUAAGCUCUUGUUUCCCUUAGGAAAAUAUGGGGUGAAAGUUGUCCUCCAUCCUUGUCGUUCGUUUCAUUGAAAUGUGCAUUUUGGCAAAUAUCAUCAAGUAGCACAUGGGCAUUUGCCUCUCAAUGAAUACACUUAACCUUCCACGUGAGAAUUGGUAGAGUGUUCUGUAGGUUGUUUUGUGGUAGGUCGUAGCUCGUGGUAAUGUAGUACUGAGGUGUCGGGUAAUUAGGGGGCAUUUAUGUCACCAUACGAGUUAGGAGCUUCAUUAUUGUCAAAGUGUACCGUACGUGCCACUUUUGGAGUGCUAGGAAUCUCGGUAGAGAAGGUCCACUAGUCUCGUUGACUUGCUUAUCGAGAAUGCGGAGAACAUAUCUAUGCAUUGGGUCACUCAUGGUUUUCAAUUCAAUCCGAUGUUUCUCCUGAGUGGCGACAAGGUGAUCUAAGGCGAUCAUAAUUAAUUGAAUGUAUGAAGUCUUGUCUCCAUCUUCCUCGUCCUCUCGUUUACUGUACUCUAUGGCAUCUUUAAGCUUGGCCCGAAUCUCCGCAGCCGUAUGCUGUUCCUGCUCUGUAGAAUCAGAAUCUUCUUCUUGAGGGGAAUCGCUGUUGAAAUAUUUCAACUGUUCUUUGAAGGCUGGGGAGAGACCACCACGAUUUGCUUCCCAUAGGUACCACUCCACUCCAUAAGCUCCUUACGCCUCUCUUAUGCCAGGAAUGUCUAGCUCCAAGAUAGUUGAUUCGUAAAAUUUGAUCGUUUCUAAGGUCAUUUCUAUCACUCAGGCCCGGCGGCCCGGGCCCCGGGGCUGGCAUCAUCAUGAUGAUGAUGAUACCAGCCUCUCUCAAGACAUCCUCCCCGAUCAAGGUGCUGUCCUGGUGGAAUCCAUCAAUCCCAUACAAUGCUAGGUUCACAACAAGGGCCUGCUCUUACUAGCCUCUUAGACCCGAAGUGUAUUAGGCUCCAACUUGAACUUGAACUUGGACCUUGGCAGCACCGUGACGUUCAAAAUGCGAAAUAGCAGAAUAGCAUUCAAAGUUUAGAAAUAGCAUUAUAAUAUUAUUGAGAUUAGCAUACU